CGCCUUCGUUUCCUUUGACCAAGAGUGGACGAGAUCCUCCGGCUCCGAGGGUCUAAGGUUCCUAUCAAAAGGAACAAAUGAACCCUGUGGGCUAUAUUUCUUGCAUACGGUACAAAAUGAACAUGCAUGAUUCGAUCUCGAGUUUGCCACUGCGAGUCAAGGCGGGACAGUCUGGGUUGUACGAUGUGCGUUGGACGUCGCUCCCUCGCCUGGCAAGCCCACGCCUGCUUUAGGCGGAAAUGACCGGCUCUUGCGCAGAGACGAGCUUGGCCGUUGACGUGCGGCUGGGGAAAGUGACGCGAUACGAGCCCACAAGCCACAGCCAGAAGGCGCCGACGGCUUACUAUGUCCACGGCCCUGACGCUGAAGCCGGUGGCAGUGGCUCGCUGAAUCGGGGACGCUCGGUGGAGGCCGAGUCGAUGGCCAAACAAAGAGCCGGGCGGGCAUGAUCCAAGCAGGAAUCGGCAUACCAUCAGAAGACAUUUCCAUUUUUGUUUCCUUGUGUGCUUGUCAAGCUUGCGUGUUGGAUGUACAUGCAGAUACGGGAUCCGUAGGGGACCUCUUGGCGUGGAGCCAGCUGUGCUGGGGGGCCAGUCUGGGCCCCCCCUUGCGCCUAUCGUUGCCGCAU